CCCCCCUCCCCUCCGCGGCGGCAAAGCCCGACCUCCCAUGGGCGCCGGCGCCCCGGUGCUCGGAGCCCCCCGCUCGGCCGGGCGCCGCGGGGCCGCCGGACCCUGCCGCGAUGGAGGGGCCGCGCUUCCAGAGGCCGAAGGUGUACGACCCUUCGCGGGCGGAGAGGGCGGAGGCGCAUUUCGCCCUGGCGGCGCGGCCGGACGCGGCGAAGCUGCGCGGGGAUCUCGGCCUGGACGAGGCCGAGUCGCCCUCGGGUGGCCGGGCCGCUGGGGAGCUCGAGGAGAAGUGCCGCGAGCUUGCGGAGCAGCUGGAGGAGGCGCGCUCGCAGGCGGCCGCGCACCUGGGCGAGCUCGAGCAGGUGCGCGCCGGCGAGCUGAAGGCGAACCAGAAGCUGCAGAGCAUCCAGCAGGUGAGCCGCUCGCAGAGUGCCCUCAUGCGCGCCGAGCUCACCAAGUGCCGGCGGCGGCUCGCGCACAUGCAGCAGGUGGCGGUGAGGCUGCGGCAGCAGUGCGAGUGGCUGCAGAGUCGUGCGUCCGCCGCGCUGCCCCCCGAGCUCCAGAGCCUGCCUUCCGAGGAGGAGGCCGCGGAGGAGAGCGCGGAGCUGGCGCAGCUGCACGCGCGCUGGGAGAAGGACGUGGUGCAGCUCCAGGAGGCGCUUGCUGCUGGUCCGCCGUGCAGGCAGCCCUCGGCCAGCCCGUCCCCUGCCGCAUCGCCCUCGUCGACCUCGUCGCCGAGGAGUGGGCCGAGCGGGAAAGUGAUGCGCUGCUGUGGGACGGGCCAGUCAGUGCCGCGCUCGAUGCAGUUCAGGAUGCUGGUCAGGCCAGCGAGGACUUGGUGGACUCCUUCAGCUCGCACUGCCUCGCCUCGUCCGCCUCGCUAGCCGCGACUUGCUGCCAAUAUUGGAGGUAUUCCAGGUGCUCCGACAGCUUCUGCGGCUCCUUCAUGCAGUCCAUGAUGGUCUCGAAGAUGUCGGACCACGGGAUCUUCAGCUCCUCGGCACAAUGGCGGAGCGGAGCGAAGGACGCGGCCACUGGACUGGAGGUGCAGGGCAACCCGCAGGCACAACCAAUGGCGUUCCACUGCAUCAGCUCGGGCAGGUACGUAAUCCCCAUGCGGCUGCGGCUUGGCACCGCGAUCAUUACACCUGCCUUCAUGCCUUCCUUGGUCAGUGCGCGGAGCAUCGCCGAGAAGCUCGCGAGGGAGCUCAAGAAGCUGAGGGAUCAGCAGGCCGCCGGCGCCCCCCCGGCCUCGGCUGCCGCUGGCCCCGGCGGCGCCGCCGGGGACUCGGAGGCUGCAGCCGCCGCGGCGCAGCUGCGGAAGGACGACCUCGAGGCCGCGGACGAAAAGAACAGGGACCUGGGCAAGAAGAUGAAGCAGCUCGCGCAGGCCUACAAGAAGCUGCAGGAUGAGAAGCAGGAGGCCGACCAGCGGUGCACGGAGCUGGCGCAGAGGGCCCCGGCGGCGCCCGCGAGGCGGGGGCUGCCCCCCGAGCUCGCGGCCCGGGCGCGCGCCGCGCUCCAGGCCAGCCGCGGCGAGCUGGGGCAGCUGCGGAGCGCGGUGCAGGGGCACCUGCAGCAGCAGCUGCACCAGCUGACGGAGGAGGCGCUGAGAGCGCAGCUGCCGUCGCUGCAGGGCUUGAUCGAGGGGAGGGUCAAGGAGUGGAGGGACAAGUGGGCCGCGGAGUGCGACAAGCGCCGGAAGCUGCACAACCUGGUGCAAGAGCUGCGCGGCAACAUCCGCGUCUACUGCCGCGUGCGCCCGCUCAACGAGAGAGAGAACGGCAGCUGUAUUAGUUUCCCAGCGGAGGGGGAGAUACAGAUCACAAACAAGAGCGCUGGCGUUAGGAAGACUUUUGCUUUCAACCAGGUCUUCAAGGAGAACUCGACGCAGGAUCAGGUCUUCGCGGACAUCCGGGAUCUGGUUGUGUCGGUGAUCGACGGUUACAACGUAUGCAUAUUUGCUUACGGCCAGACGGGCUCCGGAAAGACGUUCUCGAUGCAGGGUUAUGGCACUAAUCGUGGAAUUUAUCCGAUAACGGGGCCUGGGAGAGCCGUGGAGGGCAGUUGGGCGCUCCCGGCCACCUUCGAGCCGUCCUCGGCGCCAGCAUCCCACGAGCUGAUCGGCCAGACGUGUGGGAAGUCAGUCGGGGGCCCCAUCUUCCCAGGCGCGGCCUACCCCGCCAGGGGUGGGAAGACGGUCUCCGCGCUGCGGCCGGCGCGCGACCCCCGGCUGCGCAGCCCUUGGUGCGGCGUUCGUGUCGGUGAGGCGCUGGUCCCUGGCCCCCAGCUGGAGGCGCCGCCAGCGACGGCCACCAUUCUUGUCGCGAAUGUCAUCCGCUGGAGCGCCAGCUGGCGUGGCCUGCUCGCGGCCGAGGCUCAGGCAUGGUGCAUCCAGGAGGCGCGCAUCCCGGCUGCAGAGGCUGAGGCGGCGGCCGCGGGUGCCCGCGGGCGCGGCAUGCAGUUGCAGCUGGGGCCUGUGCAUGAGGGUACCCACCUUCUCGCGGCGGCCACCCGCGUGGGCCGGUGCAGCGCCCGUGCGUCUGCGCCGCAGGGUCUCUCGGGCCGCCACCCCGGCAGGCUGCAGCAUGUCGCCCUCCACUUCGGGCAGGGCCGGGCGCUUCACGUCAUGAACUGUUACGGCUACGCCGGGGGCCGGCAGGAUAUCGACCGGAACGCCGACCUGAUCUUGGAGGGGGUGGGAUGGCUUCGUAGCCUCGGCGACGCCCCCGCCCUGCUCGUCGGCGACCUGAAUUGCCGCCUUGCUGACACAGGGCUGGACGGGCUGCUGGCCAUGGCGGGCUGGCCUGAUCUACUCCGGGCCGCGGGGCCCACCUGCAUUCCCUCUCAAGGCGAGCCGUCGCGUAUCGACUACGCACUCGCGAACGAGUCCGCAGCGGGGAUGGUCACCCAGGUCGGCCUCCGGUGGGACUUCGGCCUGGCGAUGCACGCGGCGCUGCUGGUGACGGUCCGGGUCGGGCGGCCAGAGCUGGCCCUCCUCCGUCAGCCGGUCGCCAAGCUGGAUGGGCCAGCCCGCGCCGCCUGGUCGGCAGCCUCGGCGCGCGACGUUACGACAGCAGUCCGUUGUUGCUUCGAGGAACCUUUCCGGCGGGCACUGCGCCGCGACGACCUGGACGCAGCUUGGGAGCAGCUCGGCCAGGCCUUGCGGACAUGGUUGGCUACGCGGUUGGGUGCUCCGGCCGUUCCCGAUCGUCCGCAUGCUGCGGCCGCGCUGUUGGCUGAGCGUCCCCCCACCGCCGGCGGCGACGGGGAGGCGGCCGACGCUGCUGCGGAUGCAGCCCUGCUGAGGCUCCGGAGGCUGCGGUCGCUCCAGCACGCUCGCAGGCGCUCUUCGGCUGCGGCCGGUCGAGCGGCGACAGGCACGCUCCAGGCGUUGUGGGCGUCCGCUGCUGGUGAUGCGGGUUGGGAGGCUGCUCUGGCGGCCAUGCUGCCGUCGGGGCCGGUCGCGGACUCGCUGAUUGAGCAGGCGGAGACGGAGUGGCGGCUGGCGCAAGCAGCCGCGCGUGCCUGGCGGCGGUCUGAGUGGCGCCGGUGGGUCGACGACUCGCUGAGGAACGACCAAGGCCGCUUGUACCGGUGGAUCCGCGGCGGCGGCUGUGUUGAGGCCGAGCUGGUGCCGGCUGUCGGGGGCGUGGAGGCCGCCACUGCUGGCGCGAGGGGCUGCCCCCCUGGGGGCCGGCACUGGUUGCUGGCGUUGCAGGGCGGACCCGCAGCGCGCCUGCGCUACUUCGAGGGUCCGUGGCGCGCCCUGUGGCAGCGGGCGCCCGCGCCAGAGGUGGACGAGGAGUGGCAGCAGGAGCUCGACGGGUUGCCGCCCUUCCCGGAUCGCACGCCGUGGACUGCCGACCUCCUAGCGGGGUUGUUCCGGCACGUGCCGAGGCGCAAGAAGCCGGGCCUCGAUGCGUGGACGAUCGGCGAGCUCCGGCUCCUGCCCACCGAGAUGCUGGAGCUCGUCGCCGAGCUCUUCGAGGAGGUCGAGGCUCAGGGCGCCUGGCCGCGGGAGCUGGUGGAGCCCGAAGGGCUGUUACUGCCGAAGCCUGGCGGCGGCGAGGGGCCCCUGGAGCGUCGGCCGAUAUGGCUGCUGCCGAUCCUCUAUCGCAUCUGGGCGGCAGGGAGGGCGCGCGCUUUCGCGCAGUGGCGGUGCAGCUGGGAGGGCGACGAGUGGCGCCGCGGCGCGGAGGAGCUGGCAUGGGAGCUGGCCUUUGAGCUCGAAGCAGCGGAGGCGCUCUCCCAGGACAUCGUCGGGGCGGCCCUGGACUGGCGGAAGGCGUACGACCAGGACUUCGAGCACAGGGCGCCGGCGGAUUACAAGACCUUCAACGAGCUCUUCAGAGUCGCUGCGGAGCGGAGGGGCUGGAAGAUCGAGCUCAAGUGCGCCCUGGUCGAGAUCUACAACGAGGAGAUCCGGGACCUGUUAGCCGACACCUCGAAGAGGAGAUCCGGGGAGAAGCUACAGGUGCGGCAGGGCAAGGAGGGGAACUUUCUGCCAGGCCUUACCCAGCAAACGGUCGCGAGCGCGGAGGAGGUGGAGGAGCUGCUGGCGACGGGCUCCAGCAACCGACAGAUGGCCGCCACCGACAUGAACGCCCACUCGUCCCGCUCGCACCUGCUGGUUCAGAUAUUCGCCAGCGUGACGAACGUCGACGGAAAGAAGUUGCCGGCAUCCUGCAUCACCUUGGUCGACCUCGCGGGGAGCGAGCGGCUCGCCAAGUCGGGCGUGGAGGGCGAUCGAGCCAAGGAGGCCAUCGCUAUCAACAAGUCCCUCAGCGCACUGGGCGACGUCAUCAACGCGAGGGCUACGAAGGGUGCCCACACGCCGUUCCGAAACUCGCCGCUGACGCACAUGCUGCAGGACUCGCUGAGUGGGGACUCCAAGACCUUGAUGCUGCUCCAGAUCAACCCCUGCGUCGACUACGUGGAGGAGUCCAUGUGCUCCCUGCAGUUCGGCGCGCGCGCGGGCCUCGGCGGGGCUGGCGUCAACAACGUGGAGAUGAAGACCGGCAAGUCAGAUGGAGACCUGCCCUCGUCCAUAGAGCUCGGUGGCGCCCACGGCGGCAUGAAGAGGGACAUCACCGCGGUGCUCAUGGGCAGGGGCGUGAAGUCCGCGGACCUCCGCUCCAUGCGCCCGGUGGCGCCGUGGGACAAGCCAGGACAGCGGCCGCCGGACGGCAUGCCUCGGCCAGGUGGGGAGUCGUCGCUGCCGCCCUGGCUGAAGAUCGGCGCCCACCUCUCCUACAGGUCGAAGUCUUCGGGCAAGCUGAUGGAGGUAGUGGUGGAGCUGGUCAACCAGAGAACGCACGAGGUGGAGAUCACGUUUGUCGAGGAUCGCGCGCGCGCCAGCGUCAGUGCAGUGCGUCGGGGGUCGCAGUGUGGGCGAGGCGGACGCAUUUCAGAUCAAUGUCGCGAUGCGUAUUCGCAUGAUGGAAUCGGUAGGUUCGCGUCGUGUGGACGCGGCGGUGACGCCGCCUCGCGCGUUCAAGGGUGA